AUGGAUAUUGAAGCGAUUGAAAGCGAAAAGAGGACGGCAGCACCGACGCCAGACGAAGAAGGCUCCUUCGCCGCCUACAAGCGAAUCUUCAAGUACACUGGCCCUUUCGAGCUCUCAUUGCAGAUAAUCGCGUCUCUAGCAGCCCUCGGUUCUGGUGCCGGUCUAGCAUUUCAGCCCCUUAUUAUAGGCCGGUUUAUCAGCACCGUCGCCGACUUCACAUCAUCACAAUCCUCUGCAGCUCACCUUCGUUCGGAGGCUUCAAAGCUAGCUCUUUACUUCCUUUAUCUUGGUGUUGCCCGCUUUCUGCUAUCGUACAUCUACAACGUCCUUUUCACGUACACCGCUCAUCUGAUUACCCGCAACAUCCAGCACGAAUACCUGAAAUCAGCCCUGGGGCAGGAAGUGGCAUUCUUCGACUUUGGUACUGGUGGCUCGAUUGCAACACAAGCGACCUCCAAUGGCCGCAUGAUCCAGGGCGGAAUCAGUGAGAAGCUGGGUCUUGUCGUUCAAGGCAUUGCUGCUUUCAUCACUGCUUUCAUCAUUGCUUUCGUCGUCCAAUGGAAACUCACUCUCAUAUGCCUCUGCAUUGCCCCGGCUACUCUCAUUGUCAACGGUAUUGCGGGUGGGUUCAUGGGUGUAUAUGAGAAUCAAAUUCUGGAAAUUAACGCGAAGGCCAAUGCCUUCGCUGAGAGCGUUCUCUCCGGUGUGCGCACUGCGCAUGCCUUUGAAAUCCGAGACAGGCUGGUCGACAGCUUUGACGACCACUUGUCCUACGCCCAUACGAUUGGAAGCAAGCUUUCCGUCAUUUUUGGCACCUUUUUCGCCGCAGAGUACUGCAUCGUCUAUUUAGGCUACGGUCUAGCCUUCUGGCAAGGCAUUCGCAUGUUGUCAAGAGGGGAACUGGAGGAGAAUGGAGGUAUCUUUACUGUCAUCAUGUCGGUCAUUAUUGCUGCUACACAGCUCACCAUGCUUACUCCCUACAUGGUUGACUUCACCCGCUCCGCUACUGCGGCAUCCAAGCUGUUCAACUUGAUUGACCGCAAAUCUGAAAUUGAUCCACAUGAAAAUUUUGGCAACCAACCUUCGGAAACUUUUGGGGAAAUUGAGCUCGACGAUGUUACAUUUGCGUACCCUACCCGGCCUGGGGUGAAGGUUCUUGAAAAAUUCUCUAUGAAAGCGCCUGCUGGCAAGGUCACAGCCCUGGUGGGCCAAUCUGGCUCCGGAAAGACUACCAUCGUGGGCCUUCUAGAGCGUUGGUAUGACCCUGAGUCAGGAAACAUUAAAUUGGAUGGCCACCCAAUCGAUCAAUUAAACCUUCGCUGGCUCCGAAAGAAUGUCCGUAUCGUCCAGCAAGAGUCAGUCCUAUUUCAAGGCAGUGUUUUCGACAACAUCAAGCAAGGUCUAGUUGGCACCGAAUGGGAACAUGCACCCAGAAGUCAACAAAUGGAACGAAUUCAGAAAGCAGCCACCAUGGCUUUUGCGCAUGAGUUUAUAUCUAAGCUUCCAGAUGGCUACGAUACUAAGAUUGGCCACCACGGUGGCCUCUUGUCUGGUGGUCAAAAGCAAAGGAUUGCCAUCGCUCGGAGUGUUGUCUCUCAACCCAAGGUUCUCCUCCUAGACGAAGCCACCAGUUCUCUGGAUCCACAUGCUGAAAGAGUGGUGCAAAUGGCUCUUGAAAGGGCUUCCGAGGGCCGAACUACUAUUGUUAUAGCUCACAAGCUCGCAACCAUACGAAAGGCUGAUAGCAUUAUUGUUAUGAGCAAGGGAUGUGUAGUCGAGCGUGGUACACAUGAUUCUUUGCUCGCUCAUGAUGGCGCCUAUGCUAAACUUGUCAGAGCACAGGACUUGGCUUUUUCGCCUCAGGCAACGCAACCGGGAAGAGAGCUAGAAGCUGUUGAUCAUUCCAAACCCGAUACUAUGACUCAACUCUCGGUCCGCACGUCACACACAUCGGUUCGCGAAUAUAGGCCACAAAAAGAGCAGGACAAUUACGAUGAUCAUAAUCAACGAACCAUCAUCUUCGUCAUAUGGCACAUUCUUCGAGAGACACCCGAGCUGAAACUCGUGUAUUCUCUGGUGCUAGCCGGAUGUCUAGUUGGUGGGGCAACCUUCCCAGGUCAAGCGAUUCUACUAUCCAGCGUGAUUGACACUCUCGCACUUCCAAACACACAGACCGAACGGAAAGGAAAUUUCCUUGCCACCAUGUUCAUCGUGCUUGCAGCCGGAUGUCUAGUAUCCUACUUCAUUCUCGGCUACGCUACCAACAUUGUCGCCCAGCAUCUAGGCCACAAAUUCCGAAAGCAAAGUCUCCAAGACAUCCUACGACAAGAUCUUCAGUUCUUCGAUCGCGAAGAGAACAGCACAGGCGCACUGGUCGCACGCCUGGACUCAAACCCACAGGCUGUUCUUGAGCUGAUGGGGUAUAAUAUCGGUCUGGUAUUGAUAGCCGUGCUGAAUCUAAUUGCAUGUGUGGUUUUGGCACUCGCUUAUUCGUGGAGACUUGGUCUCGUUGUUACAUGUGCUGGUCUUACUCCGCUGGUUGGUUCGGGAUUUCUGAAGAUUCGGUUGGACGCGAAGCUGGAUCGUGACGCCUCAAAGCGCUAUUCAAUCAGUGCGUCCAUUGCGUCAGAAGCUGUCACCUCUAUUCGCACGAUUUCGUCGCUUGCUAUUGAGGAUUCUGUUUUACAGAGGUACACCAGGGAGUUGGAUUACGCGGUGGCUGACUUGAGGCAGCCUUUGUGUCUUAUGAUGUUGAGCUUUGCGUUUACUCAAUCUGUCGAAAAUUGGUUUAUGGCUCUUGGUCUCUGGUAUGGUUGUCGUUUGUUGUCGUUUGGUGAGAUCACUGUUUACGCCUUCUUCGUCGCCUUUCUUGGGGUGUUCUUCUCCAGCCAAAGCGCAUCACAGCUAUUCCAAUUCUCAACGAGCAUCACUAAGGGUGUCAAUGCGGCCAACUAUCUCUUCUGGCUUCAAGGUCUACAACCAACAGUGCGGGAAACAAAUCAAAACCACGAAAAUGGACCUGGCUCGGCAGAUAACAUUCAUCUGGACAACGUCGAAUUCUCCUAUCCGCUCCGACCUGAAACCCCUGUCCUUAACGGCGUUGAUCUCAAAAUUGAAAAAGGCCAGUUUAUAGCCUUUGUCGGCUCAUCGGGGUGCGGGAAAUCAACCAUAAUAGCUCUCCUGGAAAGAUUCUACGAUCCAUCAACCGGCUCGAUCAUGAUCGACUCUCUACCUCUACCCAGCCUGAACCCACGCCUCUACCGCAAAAUUUGCGCCCUCGUACAGCAGGAACCGAAUUUAUUCCCAGUAUCCAUACGCGAGAAUGUCGCUUUCGGUCUAGGCCAUGACACCGACUCUGGUUUUGGGGUGGACGAUUCUCAGAUCGAAUCCGCCCUUCGAGCCGCCAAUGCGUGGGAUUUUGUGUCAUCUCUCCCCGAAGGAUUGGCUACUUGUGUUGGGCUCGGUGGAUCGCAGAUUUCGGGUGGUCAGCGCCAGCGUAUAGCGAUUGCGAGAGCACUGAUCCGAAAUCCAAGAAUUCUUCUUCUGGAUGAGGCGACUAGUGCACUCGAUAAUGAGAAUGAGCGAGCUGUGCAUGCUACCCUUGGUGCGGCCAAGGAUCGAGAUCGGAUCACCGUCGCUGUUGCGCAUCGGCUCAGUACGAUCAAGGAUGCGGAUGUGAUCUGUGUUUUCCAUGAAGGUCGCAUUAAGGAGAUGGGAUCACAUCGUGAUUUGAUUGCGAUGAGUGGAAUGUAUAGCAAGAUGUGUGAGGCUCAGGCUUUAGACUAG